UACAAUUUCUUUUCCUGAAUGACUGGCUUGAUGCAAAAGAAAUAUUAAAACUCAUGUCUUCAUCCAUUAAUUUCGUCCAAGGCACGCCUAAAUCAUUCCCCCCGAAGUCUGACAAGGGUCAGUCAACCAGUAAUAUUUGCAUAAGUCUCUGAAAUGGCAUUCCAUAAGGCAACUAGAUCUUGGAUUAAGCAGCUGGAUCCAUUUGAAAACUGGAACCAUCUACAAAACGUUACAGAACACGAAGGUUUCAAACUUCUAUGCCUGGUUCAAAAGAAGAGAAAGAUUCUGCCAUGGCAGACCUGUUCUUUCAAAAAGACCUCAAUCAAACUGGAGGAUGUACUCUUAUCAAAAGAUGACAUUACACAGCUAGAUAUCUAUGACUCAGGCCCAUACACCACUGUGGACAAGGAAUCUUGGAAAGGGAAGGCUGAUGGUGGUGGUGGUGCUGCGAUUCCACCGGCAAACAUGAUGGGCUCUGCCAGUGAGUCCCAUGAAUCGUGUGUGACACUGAAAAAGAGACACAUCCCUGUAUACAAAUUAGUUUCUCUAGAAGGGACCAUCAACAUGGACCACAUGUUCAUUAAACAAGCCAAGAAGUCUCCAAAUGACCUGUACGUGAUCACAGAGGUAAUAGAGACGAUGGAAGACAUACGUUGUGAGGAAUCUAUCAAAGCAGAAGGACAAUUCUCUUUAGCAGCUGACAUCAUCCCCAAACUGAAUUUGCAAAUGGGAAUGCAGGGCAACAUAAACAGUCUGAAAGGAAUUACCAUCCCAAAAGCUGCUACUGUGGCAUUCAAAGGCUAUCAUCUACUUCUAGGAGCACUUCGUUCUAAAGCACGAUCAAAAAUAGCUUCUGUACACAGAGAAAACAAGACUGAAGACCUUCAGAUAGAAAUGAAAGAGGAAGGAGGAGAACUCUUUUACUUACGUUCAGAUCUGUGCAGCAGGUUUCUCACUGCCUUCGUGUCUAUAAUGAAGGAGAAUGAUCUCUUGCAAGAACUGGAAUUCCAGCUAGAGCAGGCUCUUGAAGGCACCAACCAAUUGAAGAUGAAGACCGACAAACCAGAGUUGCAAGAUCUGCUGUACUUUUUACACGAUUCCGAAGGGAUUGUCUAUAUUAACCUUGCUGAUUCCAUCCUCUACUUUCUUCAGGCUCUAGUUGAACUGACAGAGCUCCAGCUGCUACUCCUGGCAGAAUCCGUGGAGAAGAAGAUUGUCUCCACCCAGCUUGCACUGGUUGGAAAUAUCCUAGACAGCGACUUCAGUGAGGAAGAAGUGGAUUUCACUGUAGAUGCUCAGCUGGUCAAUCCUUUCACUGAAGAAGACUUGGACUUAACGACAGCAAUGAUUGAGCCAACAGGAGUGACAGUGAAAAAAGCUGGACCUGGCCUUGCUGGGACUGGAGACCCAGAAGCUUAUUUAGCCCUCUGCCCAUUGUAUGUGGCUUUGUACAUACUGGAUAUGUUCCAGAGGAAGUGUUAAGUGCCUCCAAUGGCCUUCUGUUGGAACAGUAUAAUAUCUGAAUUUUCUCCUCUGAACUACUCCGUACCAGCCAUAUCACAACUGCCUUUGUAAUUUUCCUCAAUUUCAAAAUUAUUUGAUACGUUGUUGUAGGGAGGGGUGGUGCUCUUCAAAAAUAACAACUCCAAAACCCAUGCAUUUAAGCAUCACACUUUCCGCCAGUGGGUGUUCUAUACACAUUACAGGAUCACUCAUUCUCUUGUGGCCUUAUUGUCUUUUACUCCAUUUCUGGUCCUUGCUAGAAUUCCACAAGAAACGUUUUAAAAGUUCAUAUGUUUAUUC